AAAACUAAUGUUAUCCUUCUAGUAGCUUCCUUGAAGAAACUUCUUCCAUAACCUGUGUGGUUGGAGCCACUCCACUAUCCCCAAAGAUAACAUCAAAACAAAAAAAGCAGCUCAAUCUCUUCCUCCCAUGGCGCAACUCCUAGGCUUUUCUCUCUCCCCCCUCCUCUCUCUCUCUAGAAUUUCAACACGCAAAUGCCUCCCCUCCACCCCCAGUCCCAGACGGACUUCGCUAAGAAUCCGAGCAUCGGAGAUCGACCUGCUCGGCGAUUUCGGAGCCAGAGACCCUUUCCCGGCCGAGAUAGAGAGCAAUUUUGCCGACAAAGUUCAGGGAAACGUCAACACAGAGCACAAGAUUUUGAUACCGAAUGCCUCCGCUCUCUCUCUCGCGCAGAUGAAUUGCGCUCCCAUCUCCGACCUCCAACAAUUGUCCGUCGACGACGCCAAAAAGCUGCUGUUUAAGGUUGUUGGAUGGAAACUAGUUGAUGAGGGAGAGGGGUUGAAACUUGAGGGAUUGUGGAAAGUUAGGGAUGAAAAGUGUGGAGAAGAACUCAUCAACCGGAUCAGAGACAAGGUAGAAUCGACGGGGCAUCUGCCUGAGCUUCAUUUCGAGGCGCCAAAUCAAGUCAGAGCUCGACUUUGGACCUCUUCAAUUGGAGGGCUUAGCUUUAAUGACUUCAUCGUUGCAGCUAAAAUAGAUGAGAUCAAAGUAUCAGAUCUUCAGCCUCGACUCAGAGUUUGGGCUUAAAAACAUUUAUGUAAUGGUUCAAUACAAUAAGGAGGUAAAUUUUCUUCUUAAUUUCAAAA